GCCAUCUUGUCAAUAGAAGGUACUUCAAACUAGAUUGUUGCAGUUACAGAAGUUAAACUAAAGUGAAAAUGAUUGAUCCUGCGAGAGGAUAAAUAUCGGAAGAAAUUGCAUGUUGAAAUAAGUUACGACUGUAUUGGUCUUCUUUGAAUUACGAUUGUUAAAGCAGCAUAAUGGAUAACGACGAUAAUAGACCACGGCCACGUAUGUCUGCUUAUGCAUUCUUUGUACUAGCUUGCCAUGAAGAACAACAGAAGCACCCUGAGGAAUAUGUAGACACUGAUGAAUUCUGGGAGCGAUGUCCUGAUCAAUGGAAGACUAUGUCUGAGCAAGAAAAGCUAAGAUUUAAUCAGAUGGCAGAAGAGGAUAAAAUUAGAUAUGCAUCUGAAAUGGCCAACUACAAACCUGUGGGAGGAGAAAAGGCUCCUGUAAGGAAAAGAAGAACAAAGAAUCCCAAUGCACCCAAGAGACCUUUGCCUGCUUUAUUCUGGUUUGCAAAAAAUGAGCGUCCCAAAGUAAAAGAGCUAAUGCCCGAUGCUGCAGCUAUUGAGGUUUUUGCAGAAGUUGCUCGUCGUUGGAAUAAUGCCUCGAUUGAGACAAAAGCGAAAUAUGAUGUACUUGCUGCUGAAGAUGAAACGCGGUAUCAAAAAGAAGUGAAGGCCUACAAGGAAGCUCCACGACCUUCAGCGCCAUCUGAUGAGAAACCUCUGACGUCACCGGUGGAUAAUCUUUCAUGCAGCAUUGGCUCAGGAACUGGAACAAACAGUGCCAAUAACAAUAUGCCUAACUGGCUUCAAAGAAAACCAUCUGCUAUUCAAGAACAGCCAUUAGUGUCCAAAUAUGGUGAUCAAUUUGAUACAUAUCCCGAUGAUGCUGCAGAGAAGGAUAACAGAAAAUUGAGUGAUCAAACAGAUGGACCAAAAGAUGAGCAGCCAGAAUCUUGUUUCGACAAGAAUUUCUCCUUAUACAAGGGACUGUUUUAUUCAUCUAUGUCUAGUGUCUUCUUUUCCCUCUCUUCUGUCAUUGUGAAAUACGUAAAAGAUAUCAGUCCAGGUGAAUUAGCUGUUUUGAGGUUUGUGGGUAUCUUAAUAUUCACACUCCCUCUUGUGAUAUACAGCAGAGAACCACCCUUUGGACCAAGACCAAUUAGACAUUUACUAAUAUUUAGGGGCUUGGUUGGUGCAACCAGUUUGUUUCUUAGAUUCGUUGCUUUUCAAAAUCUUCCCAUUGCAGAUGCAUCUGUCAUUAUCUUCAGCAUUCCAGUUUUUGUUGCUGUUCUAGCCAGGAUUUUUUUAAAAGAGCCAUGUGGAUUUUUUCAUGCAUUUACUGUACUUUUAACCCUUCUUGGAAUAGUACUAAUCACAAAAUUGCCUCUUAUACUUGCAGAUGAAAUAGCUAAGUACAGCAAAAGUCAUUUCUUUGGUGUAGGAGCAGCCUUAGGGUCUACACUUUUCGGUGCCAGCGUGUAUGUAGUCAUUCGUAAAAUGACAGCUGUUCAUCACUCGAUUAUCAUGUUUAAUUUUGGUUGGGUUGCGAUCAUAGAGACUGUGUGUCUCACCUUUCUCACUGGGGAAUUUGUUGCCCCCACCUGUGGAUUAGAACAGUGGCUAGUCAUUCUGCUAGGUAUAUUCAGUUUUUGUGGUCAGAUGCUUCUCACCUUGGCUCUGAAGACGGAACAUGCAAGUCCAGUGGCCAUUGUCCGUGCUGCUACUGAUAUUGUGUUGGCGUUCUUCUGGCAAAUAUGGUUUUUCAAUGAGAUCCCCGAUGCUUACAGUAUCUCCGGUGCUGUGCUGGUGAGCUCUUGUGUAGUGUUGAUAAGUAUCCGGAAGUGGGUAAUGACUCUGCCUGAACAUUCAUCCAUUAGAAAAAGGGCUUAUUUGUUAACUAUUUAAUAUUUUUUAUGAAUAUAAAUUAACUAAAUUCCUUGUGCAGAACAAUAUUUAUUUUGAUCUGCUGAUAGGCACGGAUGAACGUGAUUACAGAAGUCAUUACCUGAUAAUUUAAUACAUCCAGUGAGGAAAAACAAAUCAUAAUUGAAAUUUUUUAUUAUUCAGUUUCUUUUCCUUAUCAAGAAUUUUUAACUUAAUAUUGUUAACAGAUUUGAAUAACAGUUUUAACAUUUGUAUAUUUAUUUAAAGAUUAGGUAACAUCAAGUCGUUUUAAGUCAUCUAGUCUAUUUAUUUUCAUAGUAAUUCAUUUUAAUUGCUUUUAAUACAUACUCUGCACUUUUUUUGUAAUUAAAGCUAUUUCAAUUUCAGGAUUAUUAUGAAACUAAAUUUAAUUGGAGAACAAAUGAUAUACUUAAUUUCCUUCAUCUUAAAUCCCUAGCAGACAAUUUAUAAAAAAAAUAUAAUUAAAGAUUUGUAGACAAGAUUAGAUGUUUAAUUUUAAGAGAAUCUUUCAUUAGAAUGAAAUAUUCCCGAGUUGCAGUUGGUUUCAAGUGCAUAUUUAAAUAGUGGGAAUAAUAUACUUACAGGGUUCCUAAAUUUGAAUUAGAAUCUAGAAAAGAAGUCUUGUGAUAUAUAAAAUAAAAUGUUAUGAAUUCUGAAAAUGCUGUCUACUUAUAAAGGAAAUAAGAUACUGUAUUCUUAAUGUAUUAAUGUUGAGUUUUAUGAGAGAAAGUAUAGUUAUGGUUAUCAGUUGUUGUGAAAAUAUUUUUUACUGAUGAUGUGCUGUAUAUAUCCUUUAUUUUUAAAAAAUGAAUGUUUGUUGGUUUCUUUGUAUUUGUUGUUUUAUUUAAUAUUUUAAAUUAGUUUUUGUGUAUUAUUUUAGUUUAUAUGAAAUAUUUUGAAUUUUUGAAACAGCCAACAGUAUUUCUGAAAAUAUACUGUGCAAUUUUCCUUUAUAAGAUUCUUACAUCCUGUAGUUUAAAUCUUAUAGUUUCUAAAAACUUGAAUGAUUUUUAAUUAUUAAAUUGCAUAUGUUGCUGGAAUCUUUUUCUCCUGUAGAAAAGCUAUCAAAAAUAUAUCCAAAUUUUUAUAAAGUUGUCAAUUAAGAAUGUACUUUAGCACAGUCUUAAAUUAUUACUUAAUCUAAUGAUUUUUGUGAACUAUGAACAGGGAAGACUGCAGUCUGUGAUAUUUAGUUGAAUGUGUGAAUUAUUUUGAGUACUGUUGCUUUCUCUUUUUGAGAAGUAAAAUUAUUGGUAUUAAUGAAAUGUUUUGUAUCAAAUUGUCAGCAUAAAAUCUGCUGUGAGGAAAGAUAAAUAAAAA